AUGGAAAUGCAGGUUUCUCAUCUCCGCACACAAAUGCAGAGGUCGAAUGCAAAAGCUGAGGAUUUGCAACAAACCCUGGACCACCUUCGACGUCAACUCACUGUUAAGGAGGGCGAACUCACGGAAGCUGUGAGUGAAGUUGAGCGUUUGCGGACCGACAAGGCGAUUCGAGACGCUGCUGUUGCUGCCGCCGCCGUCUCAACGGACGCUAAGAUGACGUUGGAGUCCUCGAAGGAAAGAGGUCCGCUAAGUGAGGCGGAAGUCAAGGAAUCCGUCUUCUACAAAGACCUUGAACUGACAACUGGUGCGUUGAGAACCAAGUUAGUGGAUGGUGGUGAUCACGAGCUCUUUUUUGUGUGUAAUGUGAAGGUGAACGAGCUGUCGGAAAGACUGAGUGAGACAACGGAGGCUCUUUCCUUAGCGGAGGGUCGUGUUGCGGAUCGCGAAGCUGUAAUCGCUACAGCAACUUCUGAACGCACCGCCCUAAGUCGUGCCAUGGAGCAGAACGCCGUUUUGAAGGAUCGCCUUAUUCACCUACAAGACGCUCUCGACGUUGCUGUUCAAGAAGGCAUAUAA